UUUUUAGGUAUAUAAAUUUAUAUUCAUUAUAUUUUUACAUUUUACUUUUGUACAAAUAUAUUGUUGUAAAACAGUCUAGACAAGAAACAAUUAGUAAUAUAUAUGUAAUAGGUAAUAUAUUCAAGAAUAUGUAACAAAGAACAAACACAAGAUAAACACAAGAAUAUAUACCACAACAUAUAUAUUAGAUUAUGUGUACUUGAAUUUUCAAGAUGAAAAACUAUAGAUUAUAGAGUAUGAAAACAUAGAUUAUAUUAUAAAAUUUUUAUUGAAAUUUUUUUUUGGCUCCCCCUAUUUGUAAAUCAUGGCUUCUUCACUAGUUAUUAGGGUUCUCAAAUGAACUUACGGUGUUCAUGUAUUAGUUCCAACUUUCAAGUCUAAGCUAACUUGGAAAAAACAAAUAAUAAUAAAUUUAACUCACAAAAUUAGUAUUAUAAUUUGUAUUUGUACAGAUGUUUGCUUGGAACAAGCCACAAAAUCGUCUUGACAUUCCUGUAAGGCAAUUAAAAUAUGAAGCUCAUGCCAUGUUGAAACACACUAACUGGUUCAAUUUAAAAGAUUUAAACCUUUGAUGCAGCAUCUUGCAAAGAUCAAAUCAAUAUUGCUGCUUCCUCUGGACUACUAGCCCCCAACUACAAAAUUCAAAAUUUUAUUAGUUCCCAAAUUCUGUGUGAGAUAAGACAAUUUUAAAUAACGAACUUGACUUAGAGUGUAAUGAUAUCCCACCUCAAGCUGAUCAUUAUGAUUGGAAGUAUUGUAUAGUUUGAAGAGAAAGAGGACCUGCAAAUGACAAGUAGUAUUGAAAUAGAUAACAAUUUUUCUUUCUUAAAAAAAAAAAAAGAAAUAGCUGGAAGGGAAAAUAGUAUAAGAAAGCACAAGAAUUUGAGCCCUGAAUUACUCACAUUACUAAUCAUUCCAGCUACUUCUAGAAUCAGAUAGUAAAAAAAUACUCAUAAAAACUUGGUACAUCGAUAAUCUGUUUAAAAUUUGGAACUUAGGGAGGAAAAAAAACUAAAAGGAAUUUAUUGGAUUCAAAUAAAAAUAAUAAAAUAAUUUUUUAUAAAAUUUGACAGUUAGAUUAAUUGUAAUUUUAUAAAAUUUAGAAUAUUAAUAGUUAUGUUUAAAAAAAUCCAUUGUAAAAUUUUAAGAAAAAAUGUGUAUGUUUUUAUCUUUUUUCUAAUAUUUUUCUGUCACAAAUGUUUUUCUAACAUAAAUUGGAGUUAUAAACAAAGCCUUGAAGUGCAUAUUUUUUUAUGAAUACUCUCCCUUCCAUUAUCUGUAACCCGAAUGCAUGAGUCUAUUAUUGCACUUUUGACUGGUUCCUGCAAAAUCCAUAAGAUUCAGUAUUCAAAACUUCUUCUUCUGCCAAUGGAAGGUGUGAGGAAAAAUAAUAUGUAUCAUACAUAUUAUGCACCACAAAUAUAUAUAUAUAUAUAAAUACUAUGUAACAUACCACUGAAACCAUAAAAAUUAAAUUUUUUAUUUUAUUUUUGCAUUUUAUAGAGAGUUUCUAAGGAAAUACUCUCCACUUUGUUCUGUUUUUCUUACACACCAUAAUGUAUCUCAACUACAUUCCUCAUACCAACCACUAGGAAUGUAAAUGAGAUAAAGAUUACUGAUACAUACAUCAUCAUCAUUUAAAAUAAAAUAAAGAUAUGCUCAAUACACUAUGUGCUAUAUGUUUAUCUUAAAUAUAUAAAAUAAAAACAAAAUAGGUACUCAAAUAUUGUAAAUUAAAUUAAAGCUUGAAAUGUGAAUAGAACACCAUUCAUUAAAAUUGAAGACAAACUAAAAAUAGACUAAGUACUAUACAGUACUUUAUAUCCUUAAACUUUGUAUAGAUAUGCUUUGUCAUUCUUUAUAGCCUAUUAAUUUGAAAUAGAAUACUUUUCUCAUUUCACUAAUCCAAUUUGGGUGGAAGGGUGGGGCUGAAUCUUUUUGCCAUGGAUGCGGAGUGGUAAGAUAAUGGUUUCGACAUCUUAUUUUUUUAGUUGCAGAAAUUAUUUUUCAUAGAUUGAACCUAUUUGUUAUAUUGUAUAAUUUUCAAGCAUAUAUCCAUAUGAAUUUGUAACCACACGCACACACACACACAUACAUAUAUAUGAAAUAGUUGGAAUGGGAAAUGGAGAGAACGAGCCAGAGCAAGAGCGAGAGUUGGAGGAUGUUAUAGUAGACAAUACUCUCCAAGUUUCUUGUUUAAAAUCAGAUACCACUCAACUUGGCCGAAAUGAGUUUCUGAAUCAGAUUUCUGUAGAUCCUAUGAAACAAGCGCUAGGUAGGCUUGUUUUGGGUUGGUUGGGUAGGCUUGCAUUUCCUCCAUCUGGAACCCUUAUGGUGCCUCAAGCAAGGCCUUUCUUUUGCUCAACCAUUGCAACUUUGACAGACCUUGGCUUCCUAUGGUUUAGAGAAUUUUAUUUGGAAUCAUCUCGUGUCAAGAAUAAUCACCUGAAUGAUCAAUUCAUGAUACAUUUUGAGCUUUUCGAUUUUUCACAUCAAGUCCUCAAUGUCGUAGAAGUAGAGACUCUGUCAUCUGCACAAUCACCCAGGAAUCCUCACUUUUCCCAGGCAGAAAAAGAACUUUGCUGUCUGACCAAGGGACAGUCAACCGGAAUCUGGAAGUUGCAAGUAGACGACUCAAGUAACACUAGAGGAAGUGGACUCGGACUCGUCCUAACUUCACCCCAAGGUGACGUAAUCAAACAAGCAGUCCGAUGCGGGUUCAAAGAUACCAACAAUGAAUCCGAAUACGAAGCAAUGAUAGCUGGACUCGGGCUAGCCCAAGACAUGGGAGUCAAAAAGAUCAUGGUCUUCAGUGAUUCUCAAUUGGUAGUCAACCAAAUGCAAGAUAGCUAUCAAGCCUGGGAUAACAAGAUGACAGCCUACCUCAACAAGACUAAAGAGUUGCAGUCGAUCUUCGAUUAG